GAGGAGGAGAACCAGCAUAUAAUGGAGUACCUUAAGGAUACAUAUCUAGAAAUAUUGAAGGAACGACAGGAUAAGGUGUUGUUAGUUCCAAAAGAAAGGCGAACCAAAAAAAAAAAUUCCCGUGAGCAGAUAAAGAAAGGAACAGAUAGUGACGAUGAAGAAGCAAUGGAAGAAUAUGUUCUCUUUGAUGAAUCGAAUGAGAUCAUUUUAAUUGAUUCUAUAGAUGAAUCUAGGUUGAAAGAAGGAGCAGUGUUGCCAAUUCCAGAAGCAAUCCUGAUAUAUCAUGUCCCAAUUGUCCUACGGACACAGUUCCGGACAUGGACUUUCGGACGUCCCGUGUCCGCCAAAAAUCACCGGGAUAAGUCUGUGUACAACACUGGAUUGGGUUAUUGGGAUUUUGAUUUAACGCAACAGAUUCUCUAUGAAUGCACGAAGUUUUCCAAAAAUGAAAUGAAUAAAAUCGUGCAAGAUUCUGCAAAUCACGUUCAUUGGUCUCCACAACCAACUCCGGAAUACCUUCAGCAAUAUUCUGAUUCUAAUUACUUUCCUUUUUUAAGUCUCUAUAAUAUAUCUAAACAAGGAGCUAAAACGGAAGAGGAACAUAAAUUUAUUAUCAUAUAUCCUUUAUUCAAUAUCAUUCGUUUAUUAAAGAUACUUGGACAUCCAAUAAAUUUGAAGCCUUUCGGAGAGGUUGCGCAUGGGUUAGAAUGGACGCUUGCAGGAUUUGAAAUGCAAUGGACUGGACUGUAUCGCUUUGGAUUGAUAAAACAUUAUCAUAUUCCAUCAAAUAAAGAAAAUUGCGCCUCAUUUGAAGAUGCCUUUUGCCUCUUGAAAGAAUUGGAGAAAAUUAACUGA